AUUUUUAUUUUCUUUGGGAAAGUAUUCAGUAAUUGUAAUUAUUGGAUCAUUUGGUAUUUCUAUUUUUAAUUUUUGAGGAACUUCCAUACUGUUUUCCACAGUGGCUGCACCAAUUUACAUUCCCACCAACAGUGCAUGAGGGUUCCUUUUUCUCCACAUCCUCAACACUUGUUAUUUCUUGUCUUUUUGAGUGUAGCCUGUAUAGUACAGGUUUUAUAGCUAUUUACCCAUCUAUCCAUCUCUCUUGUCUCUUCUCAUUUGGAUUUUUCAUUAUGUUCUCAUUUUGUCAAUAAAAGGCAUUUCCUUAAAACAUCUGUGAUUUAAACAAGAAUUAUAAAAUACUAAGAAGGAUAAGAUAAAACAAUUGCUCUUAAAACAAUGCCACUCAAAUAAUUAAGAAGUUUAAAAAGCAAAGCUAACAGUACUAAAUUGUGAAAGACAUAAAAUGUCAUUUCAGGUGACAUCUGAUAAUGGCUAUCAGUGUUUCCACACACUUGUAAGUUUUGUGGACAUUAAGACAGUUAUUAUUAGGCAUUUCAGGUUAGCAUUUAAAACAAUUAUGGCAUUACUGUUUUAACCAUUUGCACAUCUUAAUUACCAGGAAGAAACUGUAUCAAAUUUUUGUAGCUCAUGGAAAGCUUUCUAAUCUCUACUCUAGAUUAAGAUAAAGAGAAUUAAGGCCUGAGAAGUGAGACAGGGCUGCUUAGUAGCAGUGGCAGGUGAGGUUGAUGAGAAUUAACAGCUUUUGACUGUCAGCAGAAUGGUGGUGUAAUGGGAUCUGCUUAUGGUAAUGAGGCAUUGACUGGAUGGCUGAGUGAAAUGAGGCUUUCUCAUUGAUUUUAUAAAAUUAUUGGGGAGAUCUGUUAAAUGAUGGUCUUGAGCCCAGAAUUUUUAGAUUUCUGUAGGAUACAUACUUUUGAUGUUGAGCUGAAAUUAGCAAUCAUAUUUUAUGGUGCUGUAAACUUUGUAAUUGUCUUACUGAGAAACUUAUUCAAGGUAGCAAAAUAAAAGCAAAACAAAACCUGUCUAAACAACCAAUACCUUAUCUUUCGCAAAACAGCUGCAAUUUAGGGGAGUAUUUAAUAUAUCUCUAAAUUGGAAAAUUGUCCAGCCACUCAAGUUGCUCAAAAAACAAACAAACAAAAAGAAGCUGAUAAUUUUUUUCAGUGUAUUUAUUUAUAUCUUGUUUCUGAGCAAUGUUAAGAAUUAUAUCAAGAUGAAGUAGCCACUGUUAAAGUUUCAGCCAGGACACGCUCAAGAUCAAAACAAUUGGCAAUAAAGGAGAAGGUGGCUCAGGGUCUUUGCAAUGUGACAUUAAAGAUUGUAUCAGAUAGAGUCUGUCUCAGGAAUGACCAUAUGUCCUUUCCAUCUGAUGUCUGUUUCAGGACUCAGACAAAUGACUUCAGGGUUUUAGAUCUGCUUUAGAGGAUUGUUCUUUCAUCACCUUUAUUAGGUUUGGUUACAAAUUAAUCAAAUGUGUUUCAAAUGGAUCAAGUGUGCAUACUAUCAAAUGAAUGGACAUCAUGACAAAACUAUAAAAAUUUGGAUGAUUACUCCUUUCAGGUUAAAUGGGUUUGUAACAUUGAGUACUAGGAUGAAGUAUAGACACCUACGUGUUCUUCUUUUCACUUAGAGAAAGAAUUUUUCGCCCUAGUUUUAACUAACAAUACAGGAAUGAAAUGGGAAGAAAUAACGGUUCUUUUCUAACAGAGACUUUUCUAAGAUGACUUUAAAAGAACAGGCAAAGGGGAGCAGAGUCACAUCAGUUGUGGCUUGAGUUCGAGAUAAGCAGAAGUGUGUGUGUGCUUAAUGUCACAUGGCAGGAGGCUUUCCCCAGAAUAGUUUGCCGGCCCAGGGAGCCCUUUCAUUUUGUGUCUGAUAGAGCUGUACUUUGGAAAAUAACCCAGUUCCCUGUCGAUUGCUUCAUUAUGGAUUAUACAGUGAGCAUGUUUUUGAACACAUUAACACCGAAGUUCUACGUGGCCCUGACAGGCACUUCCUCACUAAUAUCAGGGCUCAUUUUGAUAUUUGAAUGGUGGUAUUUUCGCAAGUAUGGAACAUCAUUCAUUGAACAAGUGUCAGUAAGCCACUUGCGCCCCCUCCUGGGAGGGGUUGACAACAACUCCUCCAACAAUUCUAACUCCAGUAAUGGGGACUCAGAUUCCAACAGGCAAAGUGUCUCAGAAUGCAAAGUAUGGCGAAAUCCACUAAAUUUAUUUAGGGGCGCUGAAUAUAAUCGGUACACUUGGGUGACAGGACGAGAGCCUCUGACUUACUAUGACAUGAAUCUCUCUGCCCAGGACCACCAGACGUUCUUUACUUGUGACUCAGACCACCUGCGUCCUGCAGAUGCAAUAAUGCAGAAAGCCUGGAGAGAGAGAAACCCCCAAGCUAGGAUUUCUGCAGCUCAUGAAGCCUUAGAGAUAAAUGAAAUUAGGUCCAGAGUUGAAGUUCCCCUAAUUGCUUCCUCUACCAUCUGGGAGAUAAAAUUGUUACCAAAGUGUGCAACUGCUUAUAUUCUCUUGGCUGAAGAGGAAGCAACAACCAUUGCUGAAGCAGAAAAGCUGUUUAAGCAGGCCCUGAAGGCUGGAGAUGGCUGUUACCGGCGUUCUCAGCAGCUACAGCAUCACGGAUCCCAGUAUGAAGCCCAACAUAGACGAGAUACCAACGUCUUGGUCUACAUCAAAAGAAGGCUAGCAAUGUGUGCCAGAAGACUCGGGAGGACGAGGGAAGCAGUGAAAAUGAUGAGAGAUUUGAUGAAGGAGUUCCCCUUGCUGAGCAUGUUCAACAUCCAUGAAAACCUUCUAGAAGCACUUCUGGAACUACAAGCAUAUGCUGAUGUUCAGGCAGUCUUAGCAAAGUAUGAUGAUAUAAGCUUACCAAAGUCGGCAACAAUAUGCUAUACAGCUGCCUUGCUCAAAGCAAGAGCUGUCUCUGACAAAUUCUCUCCCGAGGCUGCAUCUCGGCGGGGGCUGAGCACAGCAGAGAUGAACGCAGUAGAGGCCAUUCAUAGAGCUGUGGAAUUCAACCCUCACGUGCCAAAAUACCUACUAGAAAUGAAAAGCUUAAUUCUACCCCCAGAACAUAUCCUGAAGCGAGGGGACAGUGAAGCAAUAGCAUAUGCGUUCUUUCAUCUGGCGCACUGGAAGAGGGUGGAAGGGGCUUUGAAUCUUUUGCAUUGUACGUGGGAAGGCACUUUUCGGAUGAUCCCUUAUCCCUUGGAAAAGGGACAUCUGUUUUAUCCUUACCCAAUCUGUACAGAAACAGCAGAUCGAGAGCUGCUUCCAUCUUUCCAUGAAGUCUCAGUUUACCCAAAGAAGGAGCUUCCCUUCUUCAUCCUCUUCACUGCCGGAUUGUGUUCCUUCACAGCCAUGCUGGCCCUCUUGACACAUCAGUUCCCGGAACUCAUGGGGGUCUUUGCAAAAGCUAUGAUUGACAUUUUCUGCUCGGCAGAGUUCAGGGACUGGAAUUGCAAGAGCAUUUUCAUGCGUGUUGAAGAUGAACUGGAAAUUCCACCGGCACCUCAAUCUCAACAUUUCCAAAACUGAACUCAUCACGCUCUUCCCCCACCACCAAAACCACCCCUCCUCCUGUAUUCCUGACCUCUGCCAUUGCCUCUGCCAUCCACCCAGUUACUCAAGCCAGAAGCGCAGCAGCCGUCCCAGGCUCCUCUCUCACUCUCCACACCCUACCUGUCUCAGCUCCCAGUCUGUCGGAUCUAACCUCCAAUGCUACUAGGCGUUCAGUAAAUGUAAUUCAUCCCUACUUAGCCCCUUCUCUCCCCAUAGCAUCUCUCUCAGUUUAGGUCUUAUUAUUUCUUGCUUGGACUCCUCUGCCAGAGUCUUAACUGGUCUCCUUGCUUCCAGUUCCAUCCCCUGCCAGUCCUUCUCUCAUACUGACACAAGAAUGAUCUUUCUAAAAUGCAAGUCUGAGCAUGUCACUUCCCUGCUUGAAUUUCUCCAAAGGUUUCCCACCAACUUCAGAAUAAAGUCCCAGAUCUUUAGCAAGGCAUGCAAGGUCCUUUACAAUCAUGCCUUGCUUGCCUCUUCGGCCUCAUCUCUCCCACCUCUUGCAUAGACACUGCUCUUAGACCAUAUUGACUCAUGACUCCCAGAUGCACAGGCUCUUGUACACCUCAGUGCCUUUGCACGUGCCUUUUGCUCUGCAUGGAAUGCCCUUCCCCAUCACCACCUUGGCUUGUCCAACUCUACUAACUCCUCUUCACUCUUUUACACUCAGCUUUCUUUCUAAGUUUCUCCCAAGCUGAGUUAGAGGUCUUUCCUCCGUGAUCCCACAGUAUUCUAUGAAUACCUAUAUUAUCACACUUAUUGUACUAUAAUUGUUAAAAACUUGUCCGUUCCCCUUUUAGAAUGUGAGCUCCUUGAGAGCAGGACUGUGUCUUCCUCAUCUCUGUAUCCCCAAAGCUUUGCACAGUGCCUUGCACGUAGUAGGUUUUCAAUAAAUGAUUAUUAAAUAAA